CCUUAUCCAUAUCUCCAACUUUCAUCAAGCUUCUUUUUAUAUAUUUUAUUAUUUUUGUCAAUUAUUGGUCGGAUCGCAAGGGUUUUACUAUAAGAUAUAUUAUUUUAAAAGAAACAUUGAGGAAAGAGACAUCCAUUUCCUUUACAGCGCAAAACGAAAGGGAAUGAGCAUGGCUUAUUAUUUUUUAAAAUUACCUGAAGAUUGUAUUGCCAACAUCUUCUCCUUCACGUCUCCUCGCGAUGUGUGUCGUUCCUUUUUGGUUUCGCGGGCUUUUAGGUCGGCCGCUGAAGCCGACGCCGUUUGGGAGCGGUAUCUGCCACCCGAUUGCUACUCUAUCAUCUCUCGCUGUCCCAAUCCCCCUCCUCAUCUCUCUAGUCUUUCCAAGAAAGACCUCUAUUUUUCUCUCUGCAACUUUCCGCUCCUCAUUGACGAUGGCAAGAAGAGCUUUUCACUGGAAAAGUCGAGUGGUAAGAAAUGCUACAUGAUCUCUGCAAGGGACCUAUCAAUCAUUUGGGGUGAUACUCCGGACUAUUGGAGAUGGAUUCCUCUGCCCGAAGCAAGGUUUCCUGAGGUGGCCGAGCUUAUGGAUGUUUGUUGGUUCGAGAUCCGUGGCAAGAUUGAUGUUCGUAUGUUAUCUCCAUUGACAACGUAUGCGGCUUACCUUGUGUUCAAGUUAACUACAGAUGCAGAGGGAUUUGAAGACGUGCCAGUGCAGACUGGCGUUGGACUUGUUGGGGGAGAAACAAGCAGUAGAAAUGUGUAUUUGGAUGCGGAUCCAAGAGAGAGAAAUGACGGGUGGUUGGAAGUUGAGCUGGGUGACUUCAACUAUGGAGGAGAUGGACAAGAUGGUGAGUUGGAAAUGAGCGUUUGUGAGACCAAUCGUGGUAACUGGAAGAGCGGAUUCAUCUGUGAAGGGAUCGAGAUCAGACCAAAAGAAGUAAUAAAUUAGAGAUGUUUUGCAGUUCCAUGCUAAUUGUUCACAGUUCUUUUUUUUUUUUUUUUUUUUUUUGGUUGUGUCCAGGUUUAGUUGCUGGGGAUGUAGAGAGGAAAAAGACUUAACUCUCCUCGCAAUGAAGCAAUAGCUUCAAUGUUGCUAAAAUAUCAUAAUUAAGCAUCCCAAAUGUCAGUGUUUGAAGUUUUUUUAUUGUCUAAAAGUCUCUUAAAACAGACGUGGUAGUUUAUAUCGUUGUUUUGAGAUUAAAAUGUUUUAUCGUUAAUUAGAUCUCUUACCGAUGAAAUUGGUGGUUAAAUUCGUUCUCAUAGAUGACUUAUUAAGUUAGCAUUUUGUAGAUUCAAGACUUUCAUUACUAAGAAUGAGAAUUUGAAUGGCAAAAAAUGCAGUAAUUAUUAUUAUUA